AACAACGAACACCCGCGCCCGUGCGGAACCAAGGAAUAAAAACAUGCAAACGAUCAGAGGGGAGUUUCUUCAGGCCCUGUCGCGUGUCAUCUCAUCAACAGACGGGCUCAACGCGUCGGCUUCAAUGUGGCGUUGAUGCCUAGGGCUGCCUGGGCUAAUCAGUUUCGAGGCUAGGGCACCGAGCAGGCUGGAGGCAAGAAGCCGCUCCGACGGCUGGGGCUGAAAACACUAUAAAUUGCAGGCGGGAGGCCGCAGGGCCUUGGCGAACCCAAAUCAUUCUCUGCAACAGUAAAUUCUUGGUAGCAUCGCACCGAUAAAGUCCCGCUUGGGUACCACAUAUUUUCGUGUUUUCUCGUAUAUUCAAGCCCACCUCAACUCAAGGAUGGCCGCAGAACCAGAAGACGAACCCCUCCCCACAUCGCCCAGCCGCAGUCCGAGCUUCAAAGGCCACUUGAAGCUGGGUGACUUUGCGUACAAAGACGUUCCGCAAGCCACCCGCAGAAGUGCGCGACUGCUGGGGUUUCAAGCCCCGAAAGGGACACAGACAGUAGCCAAGCCUGAUGGCGAGUCGACAGCGGCCUCGACCUCGCCUGGCGGUCCUUCCACCGCAGGCCCGAGCGAGCGGAAACGCAGGAGGACAGAGGACACAGGAGGGGAUGCAGCAGAAGACGCACCAGAGAAGAAGGAUGAAAGCAAGGACGCCACAUCAUUAGCGCCCAUGUUUCUAAAGGGGGCGGCCCGCUCGGCCCGCUCCCUCGCCAUCAUGACGAAGCGGCAAAAGACGCGCGCCGCAGCCCCCUCGGACGGCGGCAAGAACGGCAGCGGCUACGCGCCGCCGUCGACCUACGCCCACCUCUCCGGGGUGCCGGACGCGCUGGCGCCGGGCCUGCUCGUCAUGUUCGUCGGGCUCAACCCGGGCGUGCAGACGGCCCGCACCGGCCACGCGUACGCGCACCCGACCAACCUCUUCUGGCGGCUCAUGCACACGUCGGGCAUGACGACGCGCCUGUGCUCCCCGAGCGAGCACCUCGACAUGCCGCGCCUCUUCCGGCUGGGGCUGACCAACAUCGUGGCCCGCCCCAGCCGCAGCGGCGCCGAGCUGGCCCACCGCGAGCUCGACGCGGGAGUCGCCGUGCUCGAGGCCAAGGCCCGCCGCUUCCGGCCCGAGGCCGUCUGCAUGGUCGGCAAGGGCAUCUGGGAGUCGGUCUGGCGCGUCCGCCACGGCCGCGCAAUCCGCAAGACCGAGUUCAGCUACGGCUGGCAGCCCGAGAGCGAGAACAUGGGCACCGCCGCCGGCGUGGCCAAGGCGGUGGCGGCGGCCAACUCGGUCGACCCCAGCUUUGUGUCCGCAGACCUGGUGGGUGAGGGCAUGGAGGAGGCGGAGGGGGCGGCUGACUGGGGCGGCGCGAGGAUGUUUGUGGCCACCAGCACCAGCGGCCUCGCGGCCACCCUCCCGCUUGUCGAGAAGGAGCGUAUAUGGAGGGAGCUUGGAGUGUGGGUUGAGCAACGUCGGGCUGAGAGGGAGGCGGCGGCGGCGGCAGAAGCAUGAAAGGAUGACCACAGUGCCAAUUUUUAGGAUAUCAGUGCAAUAAUGAAGCCAGCGCAUAAGAAUGAUAAGCGUUCUCCUCCUUGCCAAA